AUGUGGAAGAGCAAGGGCCCCCAUGCAGCAAUUGCAUCACCGACAGUGUCACUUGCCAUGUGCAGAAGAGAAGCUGCUGCUGAGGACGUCUUCUGCAGGAAGGCGUUAAAAAUCAAGCCCGUAAGCAACAUCUCAACAAGGCCAGAGGGUCAACGUCCUCCUCGCGUGUCCGGCGAUAACGAGGUCUCUGUUAUUGAUAACGUCUACCACGUUCCCGAACGGAGACAUACCGAUCAAUGGUUGCCAGAGUACGACACAAUUCAUGGAUACAUUACUGAAAGGACUGCAAACCAGCGCUCACACCCAGAAUCGACAACAAACACAUUACUGACAGCUUCAAAAAACGAUGAGCUAUUACAAAACAUCCACCAUGAGUUGACGUACUUUUCACUAAUUCAACGCGUUUCCGCGACAAAUGAUGCAUCAAGCCCUCAUUGCACUUUGGAAUCAGUUACGAUCCCUUCCACUUCAAGUGAGACAGCUUGUGACCGGCUCCCGGAGUUUGUCAAUCCCCUUUCUUCUCAGCUGACUCUGGAUGACAUCAACUAUAUUUCCAGAAAGGGCGCCCUGGAUAUACCUCGAACAGAGUUUCUCGAUGCACUUAUCCGGGCGUAUGUCCGAUACUUCCAUUGGUUCAUGCCUCUUUUGGAUCAGAAAGCUUUGUUAAAUUGUGCAGGUGGCCAUUGGCGUCCAGGGAUGCCGAGAAUCGGCAUUUUGCUAUUGCAGGCCGUGAUAUUCAUCGGUCUAACAUUUGUCGAUAUACAAGGAAUCCACGAAGCUGGGUUCGAAUCGAGAAGAGUUGCGAGGAAAGUACUGUACGAGAGAGUGAGACUGCUCUAUGAGCUUGACGUAGAAGAAAGCCGCGUCGCCAUCAUUCAAGCGACCCUUCUCAUGAGUUUCUGGAAUGAAACUCCAGGCGACAAUAAAGGCGGCUGGCAUUUUUUGGGUAUCGCCAUAUCACUAGCCCUUACACUUGGACUUCACCAGAAGCAAACGUUCUCAAGACCCUCCAUGCAGAAACAUCUCUUAAAAAGGAUAUGGUGGUCGUGCUAUAUAAGAGACAGGAUGCUUGCCCUUGGGAUGUCCCGGCCACUCAGAAUUAAAGACAUUGAUUUCAAUACUCCAAUACUGACACUGGAUGAUUUCGAUCUGGAGGACAGCUCCACCGGUGACCCGCAGAACGAGAUUCUCGAGCUGCAAUGUCAACAAAAUCUUGCCGAAAUGUGCAUUACAAUGGCACAACUCUGUGUUGAAAUUGGGGUAGUAAUCGAUCUACACUAUUCCAUCCUUCCCAGCGAUGAUUUCGAUCAUUCUACAGAGGAUCUUACUGGCCGAACUACGACGAUACUGUAUCCCAAGUCACAGCCAGAGAAGCAAGAGUUAGUCGAGAUAUGUGACCAAUCACUGCAAAGGUGGUUCAACAAUAGGCCUAUAUCAGCCAUCUUUCAACCUCUCUAUUCAAAGGGUAUGGCUGAAUCCGCUGCAGUGAUAAUGACUCACCAGGCUUUCUUGCAUGUCUUCUUUUGUGGAACGCUCUCAGCGCUCCAUCGUCCACAGGUAGAUCUCCGGAAGUCCGAUGCUAGAAAUGUGAACCAGUCGGAGCAAGUCCGGGAGCAAUCCAGAUUAAGGGUGGAAGAAGCGACCACGGAAAUGGCAAAAAUCAACUUCUACAUUCACAGAUUCCGUCUAGGUUCUUUUCUCCCUCCAACCGCUGCUACUUUGGAGUUGCCGGUCAUUAUUACCCACUUGAAGCAUAUACAGUACCAAGAGGGCCAGCAUCUUGAAACUUGCUUAAAAUCGAUAUUCUAUUGUCUGAAAGUGGUGGAGCAGAUGCAAGAGCUCUAUGUUGGUGUUGAUUUAGUGGUCAGAUUUGCCGCAGAUCUCAUGAGGAGGGCAAAUAUCACCGUGAUAACUGCACAGGAUACGAGAAUCAUCGGAGUCAGCUAUCGCGAAUGCCAGUAUCAGCUUGAUGGAACAGCAAGUGGCGAGCCUGAUGCGAAUCUGGAGAUCUUCCUCAGCAAGCAAUGUCCUGUUAGAACUCUUUCACAUUUGUCUAUAUCUCAGUCAUCGCGGGACAGUUCUACUUGGCCGAGAACGACUCCAAGCAACGGUCAGGCGGAUGAUACGGGAGAUGACCUACCAAAAGCACAUUGGAAUUGUUGGGAUGAUGUAUUUCUUACGGAGAGUCUGGAUCUGGAAGCCAUAUUUCAGUUGAUGGUUGAUUUCGACAGUCUCAAUGAACUGGCUUUAGUCUAG